AUGAACAUCUUCACUAAAGUCACAGGAUUAGCCCAACAAACUAGCAAGCUGGGGUCUGUACUCCAACGUGCCUUCUAUGGGUCCAGUGGGAGGGUGACCCUUUUUGAGCAGAGGAACUUCGCCGGCAGACGGCUGGACCUGAGUUCCGACUGCCAAAAACUUAGCGAUAAGAACUUCCCCGAGAGAUGCAACUCGGUGCAGGUGGAGAGUGGAGCAUGGAUAGGCUAUGAACAUGAUAACUUCCGUGGACGCCAGUACCUGUGGGACAUGUCUGAGAGGGGCGAGUACAACUGUCAUGACAAGUGGUGUGCUCAGGUGGACCACAUCUCAUCCGUCCGGGGGAUCAAGCAGGACAACAACCCACCCAGGGCCCAACUGUUUGAGAAGGCUGGCUUCUCUGGUAAGAAAACAGAUGUCCAGGAUGACAUCCCCAACCUGAUGACCCGUCACAGCCUGAACAGAGCCGCCUCCAUCCGGGUCCUUGGUGGAGCUUGGGUAGUUUACCAGGAGCCCAAUUACAGAGGUCCCCACUACAUCCUCGAGAAACGUGACUUCAACAACUCCUCUGACUGGGGUAGCCAGAACAGCACCAUUGGAUCCAUGCGUAGAGUCCGCUUCAACUAA